AUGCCGGGCCUGGGGCCACCAGGCCACGUCCUCGGGGCCCUGGACCACCAGAUCACGUCCUCCAGGACCCUGGACCCUACGUCCUCCAGGACCCUGGACCGCAGACCCGUCACUGGGCCUGGGCCACCAGACCACGUCCUCCGGGACCCUGGACUACAGACCACGUCCUUAGGACCUGACCACCCAGAAUCGCAUCCUCCAGGACCUGAACCACCAGACCACGUCCUCCAGGACCCUGAACCACCAGGCCACGACCCUGGACCACCAGAUCACGUCCUCCCAGGACCUGAACCACCAGACCAUCCCUCCAGGACCCUGGACCACCAGACCACGUCCUCCAGGACCCUGGGCCACCAGAUCACGUCCUCCGGACCUUGGGCCACGUCCUCGAGGGGCCCUGGGAGCCACCAGGCCACGUCCUCCAGGACCCUGGACACCAGAUCCGUCCUCAGGACCCUCGACCACCAGACCACGUCCUCCAGGACCUGGACCACCAGAUCCACGUCCUCCAGGACCCUGAACCACCAGACCACGUCCUCCCAGGACCCUGGACACCACCAGACCACGUCUCCGGGCCCUGGACCACCAGAUCACGUCCUCCAGGACCUUGGACCCACGUCCUCCAGGACCCCUGAACCACCAGACCCGUCUCCAGGACCCUGGACCACCAGAUCACGUCCUCCAGGACCCUGGACCCACGUCCUCCAGGACACUGGACACAGACCACAUCCUCGGGGCCCUGGACCCACAUCCUCCAGGACCCUGGGCCACGUCCUCCAGGACCCUGGACCACCAGAUCACGUCCUCCGGACCUGGACCACUGGGCCAUCCUCAGGACCCUGGACCACGUCCUCCGGGCCAUGGACCACCAGACCACAUCCUCAGGACCCUGGACCACGUCCUCCAGGACCUGGACCACGUCCUCCAGGACCCUGGGCCACCAGAUCACGUCCUCCAGGACACAGGCCUGGAAUCCAUCCUCCAGGACCUGGACCACGUCCUCCAGGACCCUGGACGUCCUCCAGGACCCUAGGACCACCAGAUCACGACCCUGACCACCAGAUCACGUCCUCUAGGACUCCACCACCAGACCACGUCCUCCAGGACCCUGGACCACAGACCACGUCCCAGGAUCCUGACCCGAGAGAUCACGUACCCAGGACCCUGACCACCAAAUCACGUCCUCCAGGACCUUGGACCACGUCCUCUAGGACCCUGGACCACCAGACCACGUCCUCCAGACCAUGGACCACCAGACUGCCGUCCUCCAGGACCUUGGACCACGUCCCAGGACCCUGGACCACCAGGACGUCUCCAGAUCCUGACCCCUCGACCACGUCCUCCAGGACCCUGGACCACCAGAUCACGACCCUGACCACCAGAUCACGUCCUCCAGGACUCUGGACCACCAGACCACGUCCUCCAGACCCUGGACCACCAGACCACGUUCCUUCCAGGAUCCUGGACCUCGAGAUCACGAACCCUGGACCCGUCCUCCAGGACCCUGGACCACAGACCACGUCCUACAGGACCCUGGACCACCAGACCCACUUCAGGACCCUGGACCUGAAUCACGUCCUCCAGGACCCUGGACCACCAGAUCACGUCCUCCGGACCUGGACCACCAGAUCACGUCCUCCAGGACCCUGGACCACCAGAUCACGUCCUCCGGGCCUGGGCCAGUCCUCCGGACCUGGACCACCAGACCACGUCCUACAGGACCUGGACCCCCAGACCACGUCCUACAGGACCCGGACCACCAGAUCACGUCCUCCAGGACCUGGACCACCAAACCACGUCCUCCAGGACCCUGGACCACCAGAUCGUCCUACAGGACCCUGGACCCAGAUCGUCUACAGGACCCUGGACCACCAGACCGUCCUAGGACCCUGGACCACCAGAUACGUCCUCAGGACCCUGGACCACCAGACCACGACCCUGGACACCAGAUCGUCCUACAGGACCCUGGACCAGAUCGUCUACAGGACCUGGACCCACCAGACCACGUCCUCCAGGACCCUGGACCCCCAGAUCACGUCCUCCGGGACCGGACCACCAGAUCACGUCCUACAGGACCCUGGACCCCAGACCGAUCUACAGGACCCUGGACCACCAGAUCAC